CACGACAGCUUUUAAAGCCCAACCAACCAGCCCAACCAUCAACAUGCGUUUCUCCGUCGUUGCCACUGCUGCCUUCGCUGGCGCUGCCAUUGCCGCUCCUGCCGCCCAGCCGGUUGCCGAGAACGAGAAGCGUCUCGCCGGCUUCGUGGCUUUCGGCCUCGGAUCUUUGGCCACAUGGGCUGCGGGCAAGUUUGGCUUGAUUCCUCGCGACCUCACUCUCGCGGAAGGCGACGUGCCUUACGAAAAGGCCGCCGAGCUCUUCGCUGAAGAUGCCGUAGACUUCCUCAGCAAGAAGGCUAAGCCCAGCGAGGCCACCGUCUGCAUUGAUGUGCCAUACACCGUGGCCGACGAGAGCAAGGCCCACGACGUCGGUGGUUUCGAUUUCGAGGGCCUCGGUAACCAGACUAUCUUCGACUGCUUCGUGCUCAGCGGACCCAACACCAUGACUGUCGACCUCGAGCAGGGCAAGACCACCCCUGACUCGGUCGCCGUCCGCGCCGGCCCUGGUGUCUGGAACGCCACUACUGGUGUCCUCACCUUGUAGAUGGAGGUGGAUUGACUGACCGAUUGAUUGAUUGAUUGAUUGGCUUCACGACGCUGCAACGAAUAUGAAUGUUUCAGAUGGGGGAG